GUGAAAGCGCUGCAUUUGCCCUGCUGCUCCAGGCUGCUUGGCUGGUACUGAGUCUUCAGGCGCACCUUGUCGCUGAGUUCGUCACAAAUUUGCUUGGAGUGUUGUCUUAGAGGUUCUACGCGUGCUACGAUUGCAUCUCACUAUGGUGGAGCAGUCGGAUAGAGCUCCACUGCUGGACUGGGAGGAGAUCCCCUCCACCAGGGUUCCUGAACAGAGACGGGACCUGAGUCCCACUGGCCGACGAGCUCUAGGCAGCACGGCCCCAGGUACUGGCUGGAGCAGCAGCCCUGGAGCUACAGCAGUAUCCGUGGCGGUCAACGAGCAGGUUUGCGAAGCAGCACCAGAACCAGCAUGCUGGACUGGAAUGCAGAAAAGGGAAGAGGACUCCAGUCCGGAGCUGCGGGACUGGGGCAGCAGCAGCAGCAGCAGCUCCCCUAAGAUUCCUCAGUGGGAAGAAAAGGACCAAAUCGUGGCCGUAUUUGUUGUGGCGUUUGACACCAGGUCCGGUAACAUUGUGGAAUGGUGCCUUCCCCAAGAUGUUGAUUUGGAAGGUGUAGAAUUCAAGUCAAUGGCAAGCGGAUCUCAUAGAAUUUCUUCAGAUUUUAUUUAUUUCCGCAAAGGUAGUUAUUUUGGAUUGGCCUGCUUUGCAAACAUGCCUGUGGAGAGUGAACUGGAAAGAGGUGCACGCAUGAAAUCUGUAGGCAUUCUUUCUCCUUCUUAUACCCUCCUUUAUCGAUAUAUGCACUUCUUGGAGAAUCAAGUCAGGCAUCAGUUGGAAGCUCCUGGCCAUUACUCUCAAUUAGAAGCUUUUUAUGAAGAUAAAAAAGCAGUACUUCCCACUGGAAAUGGAACUGUGAAUUCUCAACAGCCUGUUUAUUGUUUGCAGAUGAUAAAUAAAUGCAUGCAUCCUGAAAUGAAGAUCACACACCCAGCUGGUUGCAUGUCCCAGUUCAUCAAGUUUUUUGGGGAACAGAUCAUCAUCUUAUGGAAAUUUGCACUCUUGAGAAAACGUAUUCUGAUCUUCUCCCCUCCUCCUGUGGGAGUGGUCUGUUAUCGAGUUUACUGCUGCUGUUGCUUGGCUAAUGUGUCGAUUCCUGGAAUUGGAGUUUCCGUGCCUGAGUUUCGACCUUUCUUCUACAUCAAUGUGGCUGACAUUGAAGCACUAGAGACUGAGGUCUCAUAUGUUGCUUGUACGACAGAAAAAAUUUUCGAAGAAAAGAAAGACCUCUAUGAUAUUUAUGUGGACAAUCAAAAUGUAAAAACACAUCAUGACAACUUGCAACCUCUUCUGAGAAUAAACAAUGCUGACAGAGACAAGUACCGCAAACUCAGCGAACAGAGGCAGGUGUUGCUGUAUUCACAGGAGGUUGAUGGAGACUGCAAUGGUAGUGAAGAAGAUCUAAUAAUUCUGUUUUUUAUGGAACAAAAUAAUCGGAUCUUUCAAAUGCUUUUGGAAGUAUCCUCCAGCCAGGACAAGACUCUUACUGAAGAGCACAUGCGGGCAAUGGGGCUGGACCCUCAGGGUGACCGCACUUUUCUCAUGGAUCUGCUUGAAGUAUAUGGAAUUGAUGUCAUGUUGGUCAUUGAUAAUCCCUGCUGUCCUUGAAGGCAUUCCUGCUCUUCUAUUUCUCAUUUUUCCAUCCACUCUCUUGGAUACACCAGUGGCAACAAUUGAUAAGGCCCCUGGGAAAAGGAUAUGAAAAAUGGUUUUGCUACUGAAAAGAGGGAGAAUAAAGAGGGUCCAAAAGCAAAUAUCGUCAUGCUGUUUUUAGAACUCACUUUCCUAACUUCAACAAAAGAUUAUUUCUGAUUAUUGCACUACCGUUGGAACGUUUUCUUCAGUUGCCGAAAUGGUAACACAUUGCAGAUCGUUUCUUCUUUUCUUAACUUGUCCAAAGCUAAAUUCAUGUUGCUGUGACAGUGUUUAAAUUCUCCACUCUCGCAGGUAAUGUUAAAAAUAAAAAAUGGCAUUAGAUGUCUUAACAGAAUGGAGAGAGCUGAGUUUGCUCUCAGAGGUAUUUUGCUGAAUGUAGGACUCUGAAGUUAAACUGGGUAGUUUCCCUAGACUGCUUCUGUGAGAUUUCUUGUAGUAACUCGGUGCUGCCACAUGGACGCUGCCAAAAGUGUUUCAUAUGUAAAUAAGGAAGGAUUAAGUGGGUCUGCUAUUUAUUUAAAAAUGAAAGAAGUAUAUUUGGAUGGAUUGUAAAUGUAUUGAUUAAUGCACAUUCCCAAAUGUGGGAUUGAAAAAUGACUCUUCGUUUCCUUUUUUUAAAACCUAAUUUUUUCACUGUGUGUUUUAAAAGUCUAUUGCUCUCGUAUUGUACAGAAUGUCCUCUUCCAAUGGUUUGUGUUUGUGCUGGAAGAAAACAAACCACACAUAAGUGAAGAACCAAAAGCUAAUUUCCAAAUUAAAAUCAUUGAUUUUCACUGUAUAAUUGUACUUAAACUUAGCAGUGUUUGUAAAACUGAAUUCUGGCUGAGGGCAACCAAUUCCUAUUCUUUGAGACCCCGAUGUUAUGUUGAAUAUGCGGCAAGCGCGGACAAGCUGCUACUCAGGAAAGGUUGUGUGCAUAAGGAUUGUGCACAACAGCUCAUAAAGAUGAUGGAUAUUUUACUAUUUUUGAGUGUUCUUAAUCAUCUGUGAAUUUUAUUUAUAGUGGAAGUUAUUUUUUCCUAAAGCUAUAAUGUGGGCAAAUGUACAUAUUUAGUUAAUUAAAAAUGAUCUGAUAAAUAUUUACAAUUA